AUGGACGCCGAUGUUAUCCAGAUCGACGAUAAUGCCCAUACUGGUUGCUACAUCUUCAAACCCGCGGCACGCGACGAGCACGAGAUAGACGACCGGCCAAAGAAGAAACGAAAGACCAAUAACUCGCAGUCACAAGAUGACGAGGCGGACCAUGGCUUCUCAUGGCCUGCUCUUCUUCGCGGUCGGGAGCCCGAGAACGCGAUAGCGUUGCGCCAACAACAGUUUCAAUUCCAGUGGGACAAACAGCAGACCCGGAUCGCCGCAAUCCUCAACGAGGUUGACGAGACUUACGUGAACGAAGUGUUGCAGUAUGUUCGACAACCACAUGAACACUCUCAGAGCAUGGUCAGGACCGGACUACUUGUGUCGACUGCGGCGGGCAACGCUCAACGCGAACUCCUUCGAGGCUGGAAGAGCAAAAGAUCAGUUGAGCAAGACCAACGAGAAGUCCUCCUCGAGAUUUCGCCCGGCCACGCUCCCAACUUGCAGACCGUCCUAAAAAACUUGAUCCGGAUGGCCAUCUGUCAAGACGACAGUAUGGACGAAUACAUUGCGUUCCUGGCUGAGCAAAAGGCCAUGAUCCCGAUGAAUUUCGACCUGGAACUGCUUCAAAAGUACGUGCAGAAGAAGAAUCUACAAAGGGUUAUGUUGGUCAUUUCCGAGGUCGAAACCUUCGACACGGGCAUUCUCUCCGAACUAGUAUCCAUGUUCAGCUCCUGGUCUGAUCGGAUCCCGUUUGUGCUAUUGAUUGGGGUCUCUACGACGGUGGAGCUCUUCGAAUCUCGACUCUCGCGCUCGACCGUCUCGCUCUUGGACGCAAGGGUCUUCGAGCCCUAUCAGUCGGGGAAGCGGAAAGAUCCCCUGUCAGCAGUCUACGAGGUUGUCCAGGACUCGGAGGAUACCGAAGUGUUCCUUGGUCCGGCCGUCGUGAGCGUGCUUGCCGAACUGGCCGAAGACCAAAGCACCACUGCAGAAGCACUGACUGCCGCCAUCAAAUAUGUCUUUAUGUCGCAUUUUUUUGCCAACCCAUUGAGUAUACUGUGUUCUGGAUCGCUGUCGUCAUUAGACGACAAUGCUGCUCUCUGUCGAGCCAUCCGCAACACAGCCAGUUUCAAGAGAUACUGCGAGGCUCUUGUGCAAGGGGAUGCAGAGCAGCGCCAGAGAGCCCAUGAUCUCCUUGCCUCCGAUGAGACUUUGGUCAAGGAGGCAUUGGACGCCAUUCGACAUGGCCAGCAGCGGUUGCGGUCGAGCCUCGUCGCAAUCAGAACACUCGUGAAGAUUUCUCAAUAUCUCGUCACCCCGAGCAGUACUAGUAACUCGUCGAGACCGCAGCCCACCUCCUCUCUUGAGAUUCAGGCACAGCUCCUAGCGGCUCUGCCGGACCUUACGGAGACUGAAGUAUUCGACAACGUCGACCUCGCGAUCAAGCAGAUGGACUUGUCCCAAUUUCAGACUUUCUUGCACAUGGUGGAGACCGGCGCGGAAGAUCUGAAACUUUUCGAACAAGAUCAAACCACCGGCACUGACAUUCAGGAGACCGACGCUACGCACCAAUUUCAUACGCUCGCAGAAAUCAUCGACGCAGUCAAUGACACCAGUGCCAACACUACCACGACAACGACGACUUCCUCCAGGAAACAUCAAACGCUCCAAAAAGAAGACCACAACAAUCUCGAAUCCCUCACUGAAGCAUUUCUGCGUCUUCUUACACGGUACAUACACCAUCGAACUUUUGGUGUUCCUGUUUCUCCAGACACCUCCAACACCACCUCCAAUACCACAAAACCAGACACAAACACCACAGCCAGAAACACAACCACAACCACAAACAGAAAUCCAUUCCACGACAUCCUCAGCGAAGCGUAUACAUACAACCUGAAAUCGCCAUUGUCGUCAAUUCUCCGGCCGCGGGCACGACACAGUCUCGAACGAGCCCUCACACGACCCGCGGACUAUCUUGGCUGCGAGUGCUGUUCCGAUGGCCCUAUUACAAGUUCCAAAACUAACAGGGCAACCUUGCCUCCUACAAGUUUGCUGUUGGCAAUGCUCAAUGAAGCGGGACAUAUUAUCAACGUGAGAGAUUUGUGGGAUACUUUUCGCGACACGGUUGCGCCGGCUCUUGUGGCGGAUGCGAAAGCGGACGCAAAUGCAGACGGAGACGUGGCUGGUGCAAGGAUUCAGGGUCGAGGGCGCAGAACAACAACAACCAAGGGACUAGAGGAUGAAAACGACGAUGACGAUGACAAUGACAAUGACAAUGGUGAUGGAGUUGGUGGUGCUACUGGUGAUGAUGGUGGUGCAGGAGAAGAAGGUCAAGAAGAUAUCGACGCCGCUGCCGCGACCGUCUCGGCAGAACCAGAAAUAGGAACAGACACAGAACGCCAGGCUCUGGCGCUGUUUUAUCGCGCCCUCGCUGAUCUGCGAUACAUGGGCUUCGUGAGGCCGAGCAAGAGGAAGCCUGGGGUUGACUGUAUUGCCAAAACGGUGUGGAUGGGGUUAUAG